UCAACCAAAAUUUCACGCCCUAAAAACCAGAGAUUCCAAUAACUUCUCUCUCUCUCUCUCUCUCUUAAUACGAUUCUUGAUUCUAUUUCUCUCAACCAUGGGCCACGAAUCAAACGCCACGGAGACCACCAUCACCGCCAAAACGACGACGCUUGUGUUCUCAUACGGAACUUUGAAGAGAGGAUUCUCGAACCACGUCCUGAUGCAAGAUCUGAUCCGAUCCGGAGACGCAUCUUUCAAAGGAGUCUACCAAACCUUAGACAUGUACCCCCUCGUCUGCGGGCCCUACCGAGUCCCUUUCCUCCUCAACAAGCCCGGAUCGGGCCAGCGCGUCACGGGAGAGCUCUACGCGGUUUCUCCUCGCGGUCUCUCCCGCCUCGACGAGCUCGAAGGGACGAGCCGUGGCCAUUACGUCAGACAACCGAUCCGUCUCCUGAAGGAGGAAGGAGGAGGAGAUGAUCUUGAAACAGAACAUGCUUUGUCGUGCGUGGUGGAGGCGUACUACGCGCACAAGAGCUACGAGGAGGAGCUGUGGGAGAGGAAUAGGAGGAGAUCGUUCGGCGCGUACACGGAGAAGGAAGCGCGUGGGUACGUGAAGCGGAACGAUAGGCCGCAGCAUCUUAGCUUCUUGGAUCAUAUCCGUAUUUUCGUUUCUUCUCCAUGUGACUGAUUUUAAUUUUUCCCUCUCUCUCUUUCUCUCUUGGUGGAAAAAAAUAAAAAACAAAAUAGUUAUUACAAAAAAAUACUAUAAGGGGUCCUACCGAUCUGUCGUAUCCGUACUACGGUUGUCCUUUGAUUAGGUUCUGUAAUGGACCAAUGGCUGUUUGGAUGUAAAACAAUUUAAGUACUCUAUCUUGAUAAGUUCUUGGUCGCUC